AUGAAAAAGCAGAAAGUGUUCAUGGGCAGAUAUUUCUGCCAUCUUCGUGCUCAGCAGAUAAUUACACCGUCCUCAGUGUUGAACAUCAGCUCAUGUCCCAUCACGUAUUAUGGAAAGAAGUAUGAACAAAUCUAUGACUUGGAAGUUUACAUCGGUGGUAUCAAAGUGACUACAGUGUACAAGAAUACAAUACAAGAUAUCAGUGGAUGCAGACACUCAGGUAUUGCAUAUGAACCUGACACUGUGGUGAGCGCUGAUCCAGAAACCUGCUCCAAACUCACCUGCUCUGAAACUGCAGUCCUUGAAACCAUUGGCUGUGGUCCACUGGAGCGUUGUCAAGGAAACAACACCUGUGUAGUGGACACCACCUGUACUGUGACUGGCCCUAUCAUUGACGUCCACGGCCAUAUUAACUCCAUCCAGGAUCGCUGUGCGUACUCUCUGUUCUCGACUCCGUCACUCCCAGAUUUCCUUGUUCUGGGGAACUUCAGGGACAGACGUCGUAAAGAUGUGAGCUUUUUGGACAGUGUGACGCUGCGUGUGGACGGGCAUGACAUUCACCUGGAACAAGGUGGGAGAGUUCAGAUGGACGACUCCACACUGACCCUCAGCAGCUCAUCUCAGCUGGUUCAUGGUGUGCAGCUCUCUAAGGACCAAACUGGAGUCACUGCCAAGCUGUCGCUCUCCAACCUCAUCAUCUCUGUCUUCUUUGAUGGCAACACCGCACAGAUCCUCUUAGAAGGACCUGCUGGUUCAUCUGUGGAGGGUCUGUGUGGAAACUCCAGCAGGUCUCUGAGUGACCUGAGGCUCUCUGAGUACAGCUCCACCAGCUGUGAGAUGCAGUACAGUGAGACUGCUGACAGCACGAUCAACUGCACCAGUGUGACUGAACGCUGUAAUCUCCUGAAGGAGGCGCACUUCUCCUCCUGUAACACUGACAUUGACCCAGAGCCCUACAUAACCGCCUGCACCGACACUUUGUGUAAAUAUCCUGCAGUGGACGGACUCAACUGUCAGUUCCUGAAGGCCUACGCCAGAGCCUGCAGUCUACACAACCACGCUCUGGAUGGCUGGACAUCAAAGACCGGCUGCUCCUCUGAGGCCUUCUGUCAGGACAGGACCUGCAGCGAUCACGAGUUCUGUGGUGAGAAGACGGUCGGUGGUGACACUCGCUGCUUCUGUCGGGACAUUUUUGCCUCCAAGUACCAAGAAAUCAACUCUUUGGGUGAUCCAACGGUCUGCAUGCAGGACUCUGCUUCAGUCACUCUGGUUGGUUGUCUCCUGGAGGACAAAGACAUCAAUUACUCUGCCUUACACCUCAACGACCCGACCUGCAGGGGUCAGGUGGACGAGCUCACCCACAUGGUGACCUUCAGCUUCAACAGCAGCAACAGAUGUGGGACGGUGGUCACGACCAACAACAGCUACGUCAUCUAUAAGAACACCAUCAGGAGCCAGAAUUACUCUUUUGACGUCAUCACUCGCAACGCCCAAGUCCAGAUCGACUUCUCCUGUGUUCACAGUCAGCCAAGCAUCCACACUGCAACCUUCAGAAUCAGAGACUGCUCCGUUGCACAGAAGAUCUCAUGUGGAGCUUGGAAUUACACUCUGAUUAUCAAGGCCUACACCGACGCUGGGUGGGCACAAGUUGUGCAGCUGAACAGUGAAGUGAGACUGAACCAGAGGAUCUGGGUAGAGCUGGAGACUAAUGGGCUGGAUGGAAGCAUGGUCACUGUGGUGAGGGACUCCUGCUGGGCAACCAACCAGGCAUCACCUACCAGCAGUCCAAGACAUGAUCUGAUCAUUAACGGUGAGAGAUACUCAGACUGUGCAAACCCCGCUGACCUGACAGUGGCAGUGGAGGAAAACGGACUGGGAACCUCCACCUUGUUUUCGUUCAACAUCUUCCGGUUCACUGGGGGUUCUGGUGAAGUCUACCUGCACUGCAAACUCCACCUGUGUCCCAAAGAGGAGACCAGCUGCAUACCGAAUUGUAAUGCAGCAGCUCGCAGACGCAGAUCUGUUGGAUCCAAAUACGAAGGUGAAGCCUCCAUCGGCAUGUCCUGGACUCAUUAGGUAACUUCAGGUGAC